AUGAGGCUCUUCCUGAUCGUUGCAGUUCUGCUGUUCCAGAACCCCACAGUAACCGAGCAACUGAAGAGAUGCUGGGACGACUACGUGCAGGGCCACUGCCGCAAGAUCUGCAAGGUGACCGAGAUCCGCGAGAUACUCUGUGCCAACGGGAGAUACUGCUGCCUCAGCAUCAAGGACGUGCGAGCACGCAAGGUGAUCACAAGGCCCCCGCGGCCGAAGCCAAGAACGCAGGCGUACACUUUUCCUCAGGACCAAUUCCCAACGCUGGAAAACUAUGCAAUUUCCAAUGCACAUUCUACAUAA